UUCUUUAAAUUAUUCAGGUGCUAUAGUCCAAAUGCAUGAGUGAGGGUCGGAGCUUGCCGGAAAGUAUGGACGCAUUGAAUUAAACUGCGGUAGGAGAGAAAUCCUUCCGAAUUAUUAACGUCACUAGAAAUCAGCAUGAAGCAAAAAUCUGUCUAAAUACGGAAUAUUUGAUAUUUACUAUUAGACCUAAUCAGAGAUGUUUUUGAUAGCUAAUCAGCAAUAAUAUCAUCAUUUAUCUUGACCUCAAUGAUCCGAAACUCUUAUAUAUCGUUAAUUUUGAUAACACGUCAAGGCUUACUUAUUGUUAAGAUUUUCAUUUGAUGAUAUGUUUCAAUUUAAAAUACCAAAUAAAAAUAACUUCGUGUUUCAUUGAAGAAAUCGAUUAUCGGAUAUCAGCGGGAAUUGUGCUGAACGCUGUCUUAAUCAUUUGCCAAUUAGAAGUCAACAUAUCCUAAUUCAACUUCGGUGAAAUAAUGUUUUCUGGGGUUAUUGGGUUUGUUGGGGCUGGAAACAUGGCCCAAGCUAUAGCAUUUGGGCUCAUAGAUGCUGGUGCCAUUCCUGCCAAAAAUAUCAUUGCUUCUGCACCCAGUAUGAAUAAUUUAGAAAAAUUUAAAGAAAAAUCUGCUAUUGUAACCCAUGAUAACAAUGAAGUAAUCAAUAAGUCUGAUAUUAUAUUUAUUGCUGUUAAACCACAAUAUCUUGAUUCAGCCAUAAAAUCAUUUAAUAACAUUCCUCAUGAAAAAAAAGUAUAUGUGUCUAUUUUGGCUGGUGUAAGAUUAGAGACAAUACAGGAGAAAUUUCAACUUCAUUGCGAUGCUAAAAAUUCUUAUAAGAUCAUCCGUGUUUUGCCGAAUAUAGCAGUACUAGUUGGAGCAGGUUGUUCAGUAAUGGCUGCUAAUGAAAAUACACCUGAAGAAGACAUAUCAUUAGUCAAAUCACUUAUGUCUGUUGGAGGUUCAUGUGAGCUUAUUCCAGAAAAUCUGAUUAAUUCGUGUAGUGCUGUCUGUGGAUCAGGACCUGCUUUUGUAAGUCGUGAUAUAAAUUCUAAUUUGGAAUCAGAUAAUAAUAAUAAAUCCAUUACAUUCAAAAAUGUUUCAUCCCAUAAUUCUACGCCUGAACCAUUAAGAGUUCCUGUUGAUGAAAAAUCUUCAAAUCCUGAAGUUUUGGACUAUUGUUAUAGAGAAAAGAAUUUGUCCUCUUCAGAUUGUGAAGUUUCUGAUCGGAGUACAGUUGAUGAUUCUGAGAUUGAAUCUUUGAGUGAAAAUAGUUCAAAUAUUUUAAGAAAAAGAAAAGCUAUUCACGAGAAUUCAGAAAAAUAUAGAUUUAAUUUCUCAGAAGAUCAAAAAGAUUAUCGAGGUUAUGAUUUACACCAGAAAAUUUCUCCUAAAUAUCGUGAUGAUCGUUCUUAUACCUGUAAUAAUUUUCAAAACUCAGAAGUUGACACUUUUUCUGGCAUAAAUGAUAGUUACAUUAAUGAAAACAAUUGUUACAAUUCUAGAGAACUCUAUAGUAGGCGUAAAACUCAUUUUCCAAGAUAUUUCAGGGUACCAGAUGAUUAUAAUUGGGAUUGGGAAACUGUUAGUAAUAAUAGGCACAGAUAUCCAGAGGUGACCGAUCCUGAUCACUAUGUUGGAAAGAUUAGAUCGGUUCCACAUCAUGGGGGAAGGAUGCCAAGUGAUCAUACUUAUCGUUCUUCAGUGCAUUCUUACAAUGAAUACUAUAAGGAGCUUGAUACUGUUAUGAACAGGAAAGACGGUGCCUACAGAUGUUAUCCAUUUCCUUAUUGGAACAUAGGAUAUAGCUAUGGUAAGACAGAACGUUAUUCCAAUCAAAGUUAUUCCUUAGAAUUAGUCGGAAAAAGAAAGAUAAAUGAUAUGGAUUACAUUUACAGCCAACCCUCUGUUAAAAAGACUCGUCAGAAUCCCGCUUUCCACCCUCUUCAGGUAGUUAUCAUGCGGUUCAAUCAGGAAGAGUCCAUAUCCCAAGGCAUGGCGGCAAAAAUCCGUUUAACGCUGAUUCUAAUGAUAAAUGCUACUUUUGGUUCAGGAUUCUCUCCCAAAUUUGAAACCACAAAUCUUUUACAGAAUGGUCAUUUUUUGGUAUCCUGUUCUGAUGAUUCGACUGUCGACUGGCUCUUAAAACAAUGUGUAAUGGAGGAGGAUGGCACUCCAUUUGUAAUAACGAAGCUUAUUGACCUUCCCUCAAUGAAGGUUGUUGAUACCUUUGUAUCCUAUAACAGACAGCCAGUAAGGCAUGUCCUUGAAUGCCUUAGAUAUCAGAACCCUUCUCUCUGCAUUAACAAAUGGCUUUUGUGCAAGAGAUCAGUUUCUAAGUCGGGACAGCUGCUCAGGUUUAUUAUUGAUAAGGAUUCAUUUCAAUAUUUAGAGAUACUCAAUUGGAAGCCCUAUUUCCAACUGUGCCGCUUGCAAUUUCAUAAAAUUGAUAUCCAAGAAGAAGAAAUUUGUGUUUUGUGUAAAUUAUUCUCAAAAACUUGUAGUCUUUGUACUUUCCAAACUUGAAUUUGUAUUUGUAUCUUAUGUAUUAGAAGAAAUAUUUUUUAUUUAUUUCUGUUUCUUUUAAAGGAAUUUUCUGUACUUUUUUUUAUUAUAUUUUUGGAGGAAUUUUUUAUAGAUAUUUUUUUAUCUGUAAUUCAAUUGGGUGUUAUCCACCUAUUAUUACUGCUUAAAAUAUUCCUUUUCUGUUUCUAUCAACAAUUGUAAUCGAAUAUAGGAAUUUUUUUUAUAAAUAAAAAUAUGUAUUAAUUUUUGUUAACAAUUUAAUUAGUUUAUAAUGAAUUUGUAAUUUUUGUUUUAUUUUUUAAUGAUUUAUAAUUAGAUUUUUAUACUCUGCAUUUUUAAUUUUGGAACCAGAGCUAUAAUAAAAUUUAAAUGUAUAGUAGAAGAGAAAUGAUAAAUUUUAUGCAUUAUUUUUAUAUUUUGAUACUGUACUUAAAAGAUUUAUUUUAAAGUUAUAAAGUCUUUUUCUACAUUAUGUUGUUUCCUUCUUUUAAAAUAAUAUUUACUUAUUAUUUUUUGAAACUUCUCUUUCAAAAUAAAUAGUUUGAAGGCUCUACUGGAUAUGAUAUUUUUACUGUAAACAUACAAAAAAAAUAAUAGAAUAAAAAAAGGUGAAGGGCAAAAAAUUAAAUCCUUAACUGAAUGAUUGAUGAUUUAAUUUUAUUGAGUUUAUAGAUUUUCAUGGCAAUCGAAGCACUCGCUGAUGGUGCAGUUCUUCGGGGCGUUCCUAGAGAUUUAGCUCUGAGGCUUGCAGCUAAAGCUGUGGAAGGAGCUGGAAAACUCAUAUUAUCGACAGAAAAACACCCUGGAAAACUGAAAGAUGAAAUCUGUUCUCCAGGUGGAACAACUAUUGUCGGUGUCCAUAAAUUAGAGGAAUCUCGGCUCAGGUUUGGUUUCAUGGAUGCUGUUCGAGCAACUGCUGAACGAGCUGACCAAUUGAGUUUACUGAAGUAAAAUUCAGAAAGUGAUCAAAACUAGAAAAAAACGUGUCUUCCUAAUCUCCAAUGUAAAAGAAAAAUAUUUUUUACUUUAAAAUUUUAAGUUACCCUGUAAUAGUUUAAAUGUUAGUCAAAUUAUCUAAAUAUUUGUGUAGUUAUGGAAAUAUUUGUGUAUGUUACUUAUUAUUAAUCUUUUUGAAAGAUAUAUGUAAUGAGUAUAUUAAUUAAAUACUUACGGGGUGAUAUUAGUGUUACUGUUAUUUCUUGUUAAAAAAAUAUAUAUAUAAUACUCAACUGUCUCAUAGUUUU